UUUAUUCGUUCAACAUGUGUGACGUCUCCGCCCUCCACUUCCACAACCAUAGACCAGCCUGCCACUGAUGCUCACAAUGUCAUUUGUGACUUAACGCCGUCAAGCAGUGAAAUUUCACUAUAUCGUGAGGACUCUAUUUCUUUGGACUCAGUAUCCACCUCCUCCCGAACCAACGAUUUCUCCUCUAGCUGCGUAGCCUCUACUUCGACUCAGGGUCAAAGUUCCGAUUUUAGUGAUGUUUGUAGCUCUGAGGGGCCAUCAAGUUUUGUUGAUGGUGGUUCAGUCAGGUAUCACUGCUUAUGGAGUGGUUGUGAUAGCAUCUUUAAGACGGCUGAUCAUCUUUACGAUCACGUCACAGAACUUCAUAUUAAUGUUUUACGGGAUAUACCCCUUGACUCAUCGAAGGCUAAGCAACAAGAAAAAGAAGAUGAUGAGCCUAUCAAAUGUCACUGGGGUGACUGCACAAUGUUUCUACGGCGUGGAGAUCAACAGAAAAAGGUGUGA